AUGGGUUCGGCAGUCCGAGCUUUGGGACAUGUCUUAGCGCGUCUGUCUUACAUCAACAACGACUCGAUUACGCGACAGGACAACAUCAACCCAACAAUUGUUACGACGUGCAUUGUUAUGGCGCCAGUCGAUCGCCGCGAACAUCGACAACAACGCGUGCGCGGUGCUGGACCUUCAUCUGUCCAGGCGUCUUUUGGCUUCAACUUUGGCGCGCUCGGUUCCCAACCAGCCAAACAACCCUCUCUCCCACCUCAACGAUCACCACGUCGAACACCGGUCCGAAGUACACCCCGCGCCACCAAUGGCUCAGCACAACGGCAAAGAAGCGCGUCGCUCCAACGUAGCAGUGUGUCUAAGCGGAAAAGUGCUCCAAAACAUAACACUGUGACCCCGCAGUUGGGCAAGAGGAAGCGGGGUUCCCCAACUGCGCAGCCAGGCGCAGACGAUGGGAAGGAAGAUGAGCUGAGUCCCAAUCGGGAGGAGACCGUGCGCUCCAUUGAGAAGAGCAGGAGAGUCGUCGGGACAAUUCUCCCUACAAGAGAGGAGCAAGACGAUGUGCCAGACGAGCUAUCUAUGCUGGAGGAGGGCGCCAGUACUGUACGUGAGACAGUUUUCGCCAAGUCUACAGUGAUCAAGCGAACCCCUCCACAAGUAUCGUCACAAAUACGCCCGUCGUCAGGUAGCGCCCGCAACAAGGCGCCUAUUAUCAACAGAGUCGAGGAAGCGUCGGUCGCAUCACGGCGAUCAAAAUCUACAGAUCCUGGCCCGGCUACACCCAGUGUGCUUCCAAAUGGACAACCGAGGACAUCAUCUGCUUCACAAUCGGCAACUAUUCUCGAGACACCGACUGCAGCUCCAGUGGACGAGGAGAGCGAGGAUGAGCUGUCACCGCAGCUCAAUGGAUCCACCCCGCGAGUGGUUGGCAGUGAACCACGGCCGCAGCAAAUGACACAAGAAGAGAUCGAAAUGGACGCAGACGAGCUCUCUCCACACAGCCAACCGACACCAAUCCAGAUAACACCGAUAGCGAAUGGCAUAUCGAUAUUGCAGAUAGAAGAGCAAGAACCCGGUGAGCAAGCCACUACACCGCGGCCGAUCAAACGAGGCCGACCGCGACAUGUGGAAGAGUUUGAAGGGGAGACCCUCCCGGAACCUGCUACAGCGAAGCCUGCUAGGCGCGGCACACCAAGGAAAGAAGUUGCAGCUCAGGAAAGCGGACUUCAAGCAACACCAGUCGUGCAGAAGCCAAUUCGAACAAAUGGCGGGGGUCCCUCAGCGGAAGAAGUAGAGGUUCUCGACAAAUUCUCCCCUAACCGUGAACGAACGCCUACACAUUCUCUAGAGCCCACAGCACAGGAAGAGGAAACUGUAGAAAUCUCCAGUGCGAAUGAAGAGUCAGACGCGUUCAAAGAACCGGAAGUUGAAGAAGAAGUUGAACCUUCUCCACGACCUAGAACAAGAGACCCCUCUCCCAAGCAGAUACAGCACGUCAAACCUACGACAGAGAAGCCACUUCGCAAACGCCAGAAGUUCCUGGGACCAAAGCAUGCCAUCUCUGUCAUGCGUAUCAAGGGCUCCGCCGUUCAAGGCAUCACAGUCGCAGACACUACGCGCACCAUCCUAGAAGAAACAAUCGACCACCGCCUCAGUCGUAUGGCCGAGAAGUUGCAAGCCUCACAAGACUCCGGUCACCGCAAGGAACUACGAAGCGAGAUCAACCUCUCACUGUCCUUCAAGGAGAGCCUCAAUGAGAAGCUACUAGACUUACAGGAUGCUAACGACCUCCUAAGCACCAACUUCAAGAAGACAAAGUUGCUUAAACGCGAUAAUGUUGAGCUACGCAGGGAGAUCCUUAGUCUCCAGGACAGCAGACAGGAGAUUGCCAUUGAACAGGACAACGUUCAGGCACGAUACGACGCCGAGAGAGCCGAAGCAGAGGUCAGAAAUACCCUCAGUGACAACAUAUUUGAGAUUGACGCUGCAAUCAAAAAUGGACGUGAAAAGGCACGUAAGGAAGGAAGGGAAGACGAAGGCCCCCAAAUUUCACUUGGCACGCUACUAGAAACAGUAGGAAAUGACGUCGGUUCGCUCGGCGGCGGUCUUUUCGCCAAUGUAAAGACACUUAACGGGCUCUUGGAGAGAGCUGCAGGCUGGCUUGAAGGAAGAGCCUGA